GUCUGCAUGUUCUAGGUCUGCCCUCCGAUGACUCACCUGUGUGAGAAAAUCAUCUCCACGCUGCCGUCCUGGAGGAAGCUCAAUGGGCCCAACCAGCUGAUGUCACUGCAGCAGUUUGUGUACGACGUGCAGGACCAGCUGAACCCGCUGGCCAGCGAGGAGGACCUCCGGGGCAUCGCCCAGCAGCUCCACAGUGCCGGCGAGAUCAACAUCAUGCAGAGUGAAACGGUCCAGGACGUGCUGCUCCUGGACCCCCGCUGGCUCUGCACCAACGUCCUGGGCAAGCUGCUCUCCGUGGAGACCCCGCGGGCCCUGCACCACUACCGGGGCCGCUACACCAUGGAGGACAUCCAGCGCCUGGUGCCCGACAGUGACGUGGAGGAGCUGCUGCAGAUCCUCGAUGCCAUGGACAUCUGUGCCCGGGACCUGAGCAGUGGGACCAUGGUGGACAUCCCCGCCCUGAUCAAGACGGACAACCUGCACCGCUCCUGGACGGACGAGGAGGACGAGGUGAUGGUCUACGGCGGUGUGCGCAUCGUCCCCGUGGAGCACCUCGCCCCCUUCCCGUGCGGCAUCUUUCACAAGGUCCAGGUGAACCUGUGCCGGUGGAUCCACCAACAGAGCGCCGAGGGGGACGCAGACAUUCGCCUGUGGGUGAGCGGCUGCAAGAUCGCCAACCGCGGGGCCGAGCUCCUGGUGCUCCUGGUCAACCACGGCCAGGGCAUCGAGGUCCAGGUGCGCGGGCUGGAGACGGAAAAGAUCAAGUGCUGCCUCCUGCUGGACUCGGUGUGCAGCACCAUCGAGAACGUCAUGGCCACCACGCUGCCAGGGCUGCUGACGGUGAAGCAUUACCUGAGCCCCCAGCAGCUGAGGGAGCACCACGAGCCCGUCAUGAUCUACCAGCCCCGGGACUUCUUCCGGGCGCAGACCCUGAGGGAGACCUCGCUGACCAACACCAUGGGUGGGUACAAGGAAAGCUUCAGCAGCAUCAUGUGCUUCGGCUGUCACGACAUCUACUCACAGGCCAGCCUGGGGAUGGACAUCCACGCGUCAGAUCUGAACCUCCUGACGCGGAGGAAACUUAGUCGCCUGCUGGACCCGCCCGAUCCAAUGGGGAAGGACUGGUGCCUUCUCGCCAUGAACUUGGGCCUCCCUGACCUCGUGGCCAAGUAUAACACCAACAACGGGGCUCCCAAGGAGUUCCUCCCGAGCCCAGUCCACGCCCUGCUCCGGGAAUGGACCUCCUACCCCGAGAGCACGGUCGGCAUCCUUAUGUCCAAACUUCGGGAGCUGGGGCGCCGAGACGCGGCAGACUUUCUACUGAAGGCGUCCUCUGUGUUCAAAAUCCACCUCGAUGGCAACGGCCAGGAGGCCUAUGCCUCGAGCUGCAACAGUGGCACGUCUUAUAAUUCCAUUAGCUCGGUCGUGUCCAGGUGAGGGCAGCUUUGGCUUGGGCAGGGUGUCUUCAAACUGCAAAAGCAAGGGGGAUGCAGCCAUCUUUCGCACCUGAGAUUCCAGAUGCACCCCUUCCUAUGUCCCCCUCCCUCCCGCUGCACCUAUUUCUCUGCUACUCCCUCCCUCCUUCCCUCCCCCCCUUCCUCCCUCUCACACAUUCCAUUGUGAGUGAACGGUCUGUUCUAGUUUAAGAGCUAAUCAUACCCGUUCGUUUGGCCAUUUGAGAAGCUAGUGUCCCUCCUCUCCCUGUUCUGGACUCCAUCUCUCAGCCUCUAGUACCUUGCUUCUGACUGAUAAUUUUACUGGAAUCCCUAACUUUUCAAUGAAAAAAUUUUUAACGAUUAUAUUGAUUGUCCUUUAAAUAAAAAACGCACAUUUAUCCAAAAUGUGCAUUUCAUACUCUUCUUUGUUAUAUUAUCAUGUCCUCAGCUUAUCUUUUUUAUAUUUAUAGGAAAACCCCUCAUGUAUGGACUCCCACUGUAUGAUUUAUAAAUAGACAAUAUGUGAGUGCCUUUUGCAGACGAGGGUGUGUUUGAAAUCAUCACGUCAGCCAGGAGCUGUCCCGAAGGAAACGCUCCCCUCUGCUCCUUGCUGUAUGCUGAUCAUCGCCAGAGGUGCUUCACCCUCCGAUUUGCGUUGGGUUUUUUCCCCGGCAAUUUGUGUGUUUUAUUUGGCAAGGAAGGGGGAAAAAGGAAUCCUCCUCUAGAGUGAUUUCAUGGCCAGUGUUGUUGCUGCGAUGACAUGUAUUCGUUAGCUUUUGUUUAAACGUCAAUGUGAACGUCCACGUGGAAUCGACAAACUGUGGCGCUUUAUCAUUCCCUCUCAUCUCAGGUAGAAGGCUGACAGUUGUAGGGCUACGAAGAUCUGUGUGAGAACGCAAAACCCCCGACUCACGGUUUGUGGCAGUCCGUUGUCAUUUGUGCAUAGCAGACGGUUUUCCACAUUGAGAUCCUGGUUUGAUAACUUCCUGUACUUGAAAUCUACAAAAGAAAAUAAAGGAAGCAAGUUUUCUUGCAGUGACUUUCUAUUGUGAUAGAGUUUUAAAUCCAUACGGGGGAACAUGUCCUAAUUCUUCUGUCCUGAGAAGCAUGUAAUUUUAAUGUUAUAUCAUAUGUGUGUGUGUGUAUAUAUAUAUAUAUAUGCAGUAUGUAUAUACAUAUAUAUUAAUACAAGUAUUUUUACUUAAUCUAUGAGAUAGUAAAGAAGGUCACUUGUUUUUCUUUUUGUUGGUUUUUUUUCCCUUUUUUUUAAAAUAAACUAUUGCUUGUUGCAUUA